UUUAAUUACUGUUUAAUGGCUGAGCUAAACUAGUCUUUUUUAACGUUAUAUAUAUAUCUCAUCGUCAAGAAUAUAAAGUGAAUGAAACCAGGAAUCAUUAAGACGGAAUAAAGCCUCAGCCACUAUUUCAAAACAUUCAUCAAGCCGACUUAGACGAUCUUUGGUAGCACUGUUUUCUCUGACGCGGCGAAGUGUCUGUCUGUCUGUGUGUCUGUGUUGGAACAAGUCCCAGCGCACAUCUCCUGGAUUAAACAUCUCCGCAGCACAAAGACUGUGGAGUCCCUGAAGACAGUCUGUGAUAUGGACGAUGCACCUUAGCCACGGCAAAAAGAUAGUGUACAACUUGCUACCCCCCUCCCUUCGACUGGAUGACAGGAGAUGACACACCGCAGUCCCAGAUCACACCAUGAGUAUCCAGAGCCUCGGGGGAGCUAUAGGAGAGUCCCUGGGCUCUAGCCUGACGGUACGUAUGAGCGGUGCUUGGAGUGCUUUCUCCCUGAAAUCUGUGUCGUCGGGGCGGAUCGCCUCUCUGUUCCAGACCAUGGUUCCUACUGGCUACACUAAGCUGCAGGAGGAGCGGCUGUCCAUGGUGGACCUAGGAGUCAAACCUGAGGCCAGCUCGCUCCAGAACGGCUACAGACAAGAGACAUCCCACAUCGAGAGCCGGCGGCACCUGGACCGGGCCUCUCGGUCCUCUGUGACCCUAUCUGACUGUGGAGAUGGAGGCUUCUCUGAAACAGAGCCCAUGCUGGCUGAGAGGAGGCUCUCGGGAGAAGAGGCAGACGAGGAGGAAGAGGAGGAGAAGGAAGGACAGGGAUCUGUUCGGCAGAUAAUGCCCAAGGAGUCUCCACUGGCUAUGGCACUGCAGAUACUGUUGCCCUUCCUUCUCGCUGGAUUUGGAACUGUAUCAGCCGGGAUGGUGCUGGAUAUUGUGCAGCACUGGGAGGCGUUCCGGUAUAUCACAGAGAUCUUCAUCCUUGUACCUGCUCUACUCGGCCUCAAGGGAAACCUGGAGAUGACUCUGGCCUCCAGGCUGUCCACAGCGGUGAAUGUGGGCAAGAUGGAUUCUCCAAUAGAGAAGUGGAAUCUAAUCAUAGGUAACCUGGCACUGAAACAGGUUCAGGCCACUGUGGUGGGUUUCCUGGCAGCUGUAGCAGCUGUGGUUCUUGGUUGGAUCCCAGAGGGGAAGUUCCAGAUGAGCCACGCUGUGCUGCUGUGCUCUAGCAGCGUGGCUACAGCCUUCAUCGCGUCAAUGCUGCAGGGUUUCAUCAUGGUGGGUGUGAUUGUGGGUUCCAAAAAGACGGGCAUCAACCCAGACAAUGUAGCCACACCCAUUGCUGCCAGUUUUGGUGAUCUCAUAACCUUGGCUAUCCUGGCCUGGAUAAGUCAGGGCCUCUACAAGUGCCUGGAUUCCUAUCCGUACGUGUCGUCACUGGUCUGCGCCUUCUUCAUGUGUCUCACUCCUCUGUGGAUCGUCAUCUCCUCCAAGCACCCAGCCAGCCGCACCCUGCUUCACUCCGGAUGGGAGCCAGUCAUCACUGCCAUGGUCAUCAGCAGCAUUGGAGGUCUCAUCUUGGACAAAACAGUAUCUGACCCAAAUUUGGCUGGCAUCGUGGUGUACACCCCGGUCAUCAACGGUAUCGGGGGUAACCUGGUGGCAAUUCAGUCAAGCAGGAUCUCCACCCACCUGCAUUUCCAUUAUGCCCCUGGGGAGGUUCCUGAAGAGGCCAAGGGUUGCUACUACCCCUGCCGAACAUUUUGGGGAACAGGAGCCAAUCACAGGUCCGCCCAAGUGCUCGUUCUCUUGGUGAUUCCCGGUCACCUAAUCUUCCUCUACACAAUCCACCUGAUGAAGAGCGGCCACACGACUCUGACACCCAUCUUUAUGUCGGUCUACCUGGCUGCUGCUAUGCUGCAGGUGUUGCUGUUGUUGUGUAUUUCAGACUGGAUGGUGCAUUCAAUGUGGCGGAAUGGCAAAGACCCAGACAGUUUUUCCAUCCCUUACCUGACCGCUCUGGGUGACCUGUUGGGCACCGCCCUGCUGGCUCUCAGCUUCCACUUCCUGUGGCUCAUAGGAGACCAGGACAGCGACGUGGGCGACUGAGGCAACGGCGACAUGACAGGAACCCUACCACCUGCCAGCUGACCUCUCAUGCCUUUAAGCCUUUUGGGAAUGUUGGUGCUCUCUGUCAUUGGCCAGCACAUUCCUCCGCUUCCCAUAAUGGAUGAAACUUCACUUAAACCACACAAUGGUUCAGAAACUAUUUUCUGCUCUUGGCUUUUUUUUCCUACACAAUAAAGAUGUUAAAUUUAAUAA